UGUGAGAGCGAAUCAAAGCGCCAGCAGAAACGAGUAGAUGUAUUUAAUUUUCCUCUCGAGUUCUCCACCAAAAUCCACGCAGAGAGAGAAGAAAAAAGCCUGCAUUUCUCUCUAGAGAGAUGGAAUUCAUUCACGAAUCCUAGAAAUUCCUUCGAGAAGAAUAGCUCCUUCCUAGCCCAAAAUUUUUCUUGUUCUUUCCCAGUUUAGCCAUGGCAGUGUUAAAAACCCUAGCUUUCAUCGUUUUCUUCCUCGAAAUCUCUGGAAUAUUGGCUGCUGACGGCAAUUCGUCGUUUACGUUUAAUGGGUUCGGACAAUCUCGAAUCUUUGUGGAGGAUAUUGCCCUGUUUGGUGAUUCAAAGGUCGUUAAUGGCGGCGGUUCUUCGAUCCAGCUCACUGACUCAGUGAGUGGGAGCGAAGGGCGAGUCAUUUACAGAAAACCCAUCCAGCUGUUUGGAGGUAAAGAGAGAAAUUCCUGUUCUUUUUCGACUUAUUUCUCGUUCUCGAUGUCCAGCAAGAUUGGUGGUGUCAUGGCUUUUGUCAUGUUUCCGGGUGGUCUGGAUCUAAGGUUGUUUGGUAUUAAGGGCAACAGCUCCUCAGGUCUAGGGUUUCUUUUACAAGUUGAACGGGCUGAGACCGAAGCUGUUGCUGUUGAAUUUAGUACCUCCAAGAAAGGUAGCCGUGUAGGAAUUGUAGUUGGUAGCCCAAAGUCAGCUAAAAUCGGAAACUUGUCAUCUUUUCAUAGCUUCUUCCCAUGGAACAAUGGAGAGAAGUUAAGUUGUUGGAUUGAUUACGGGGCAAGUUCAAAGAGAAUAGAAGUUCGUUUGAGUAAAUUGGGUGCGACCAAGCCGGUUGAUCCAACGAUCUCUUACUCGAUUGAUCUGGUGAAAUUAUGGAAAGAUGGGAAAUUUAUGGUGGGUUUAAGCUCCAUAAAUGGGAAUUCUUCGCAGCCAUAUUUUCUGCAUUCGUGGAGCUUUAACUUGAAGAAUCCUCCAGUGUGGAUGCAUUCCCAACCACUUGAUCCAAAUGAAGUUCUUAAGACCGAAAAGGAGGAUUUAGUGGAGAAGCCGGUGGGAAAUGCCAAGAAAAGUGAUUGUGUUUGGAGGAUGGUUAGUGCAUUGAUUUUGGGUGCAUUGUGCGGUACCUUAGGUGCGAUGUUGGGUCUGUACCUCUGGAGGAUAUGUAGUGGUAGGCGGCCAAUGGCAGUGGCUCCCGAGGAAUGUGCCGGAAAAUCAGUGGAAGCAGUGGUUGUAGAGAAAUCGGCUACCGAAGUAGAAGAAGGAAAGAAGUAGAUGGGGAUUGAAUCUUGAAGGUUGUGUUGGCAAUGUGUUGUAAUGUAAAUGUAAACUCUUCUUCGUUCCGGGUUUCACUGUUGGUUUUCUUAGUUGCAGGUUUUGUGAUUAUGAAUUUUGUCAACUCAGAAUGUGAAAAUGUAGCAUAGUUGUGUUGAUCUUGCAUCAUAUUUCUCUUUCUGCCCUUUUUGAGUUAA